UGAAAAGCUGAUGGAGCUUCUCUGUACUGUGAACAGUUUGGUGCUGCACUAAGAAGGCUGCAGUCCUUUAUAGCUUCCCAAGCCCAUUAGUUGUGGUUCAGGGAACUCAGAGCGUCACUGGUGAAGCCUGUGGAGCUUGUAAGCAGUGCAAGCCUGAACUUGACAGUAAACUUAGAUGCCUGGUAGCCAGAAGUUGAUAGAUAGAGCAAAGGGCUGGUAUGAAUCCAGCACUCAUCUUGGUUGGAAAUAGAUGAAGAGGUUGGAGGCAGUAAGCACACAAUGAAUGAGCACCUCCAUGUUGGUACCCAUGGACAAAUCCAGGUCCAGCAGCUGUUUGAAGAUAAUAGUAACAAGAGGACGGUUCUGACGACACAGCCAAACGGACUGACAGCACUGGGCAAGUCUGGAUUGCCAGUGGUGCAGGACAGGCAGCCAGAGAGUGCUCACAGACGACAAGGGAGCUCCAGCUCUUUAAAAGCUACAGAUGCAGCAGGGAAGGUGAAAGCCUCCGUUAUGACACCAGAGCAGGCAAUGAAGCAAUACAUGCAAAAAUUAACAGCUUUUGAGCAUCAUGAGAUUUUUAGCUACCCUGAAAUAUACUUUUUGGGUCCAAAUGCAAAGAAGCGGCCAGGUGUGAUUGGUGGUUCAAACAACUGCGGGUAUGAUGAUGACCAAGGGUCUUAUAUACAAGUACCCCAUGAUCAUAUUGCAUACAGGUAUGAAGUCCUGAAAGUCAUAGGGAAGGGAAGCUUUGGGCAGGUAGUGAAGGCCUACGAUCACAAGAUGCAUCAGCAUGUGGCACUAAAAAUGGUGAGAAAUGAAAAGCGUUUCCACCGCCAAGCUGCGGAAGAAAUUAAGAUCCUGGAGCACCUCCGGAAACAAGAUAAGGACAACAACAUGAAUGUUAUCCACAUGUUGGAAAAUUUCACAUUCCGCAGCCAUAUCUGCAUGACGUUUGAAUUGCUGAGCAUGAACCUGUAUGAACUGAUAAAGAAAAACAAAUUUCAGGGCUUCAGCCUGCCUUUGGUCCGCAAGUUUGCCCACUCAAUUUUGCAGUGCUUGGAUGCUUUGCACAAAAACAGAAUCAUCCACUGUGACCUUAAACCUGAGAACAUUCUGUUGAAGCAACAGGGUAGAAGUGGUAUUAAAGUGAUUGAUUUUGGCUCCAGCUGUUACGAGCACCAGCGUGUCUACACUUACAUUCAGUCACGUUUUUACCGUGCACCUGAAGUCAUCCUUGGUGCUCGUUAUGGGAUGCCCAUAGAUAUGUGGAGCUUGGGCUGUAUUCUAGCAGAGCUUCUCACCGGUUAUCCCCUUCUACCUGGAGAAGAUGAAGGAGACCAGCUGGCUUGUAUGAUUGAGCUGUUGGGCAUGCCUUCUCCAAAACUCUUAGAUUCAUCCAAGCGCGCUAAGAACUUUGUGAGCUCUAAGGGUUAUCCCCGCUACUGCAGCAUCACAACCUUGUCCGACGGCUCCGUAAUCCUUAACGGUGGGCGCUCUCGGCGGGGGAAGCUACGCGGCCCGCCAGAGAGCAGAGAAUGGGGUAACGCGUUAAAGGGGUGUGAUGACCCUCUGUUCCUUGACUUCUUGAAACAGUGUUUAGAGUGGGAUCCCGCUGUCCGCAUGACACCCAGCCAGGCUUUGCGGCAUCCCUGGCUAAGGAGACGGUUGCCAAAGCCUCCGACUGGGGAAAAGGCCUCGGCGAAGAGAAUGACAGAGAGCACUGGUGCUAUAACGUCGAUUUCCAAGUUACCUCCGACUUCAAGCUCAGCUUCAAAACUGAGGACUAAUUUGGCACAGAUGACAGAUGCCAAUGGGAAUAUUCAGCAAAGAACAGUGUUGCCAAAACUCGUUAGCUGAGUUUGAAAAACCCAAUGCUGUUAACAGAGAGAUACGAUGUGGCUGAGCCUUAUUUGUUUGAAAAAGUAGCUCAGAUAAUACAUUUUUAUUUGCUCAAAACUUUAUUCAUUUGUAUCUUUCAGCACUCAUUUUAAAUGUAAGAAAUGUUGAUUUUGUUUUUAUAAAAACAUGGGGACAAUGCUUUAAGUUUUUAUACUUAUUUUUUAAAAUGUUUGUCUUCUACAGUACAAUUAGCCUUACUGUAACUAGUGUGACACAGUAAUAAACUUCAGUGGCAGGCCACUGGUUACAACGUGACUGUCAUGCGUUGCAGCGUGGUGUCAAAGGUAUCGACCUUUCUCUUCCAUGGCUCAUAUUAGGUUUCACCUGCGGUAAAGUUCUAAGACUGCCUUUUGGAUUUUAUGGGUAUGGGUCUUAAUUCUGCAAACACUCACACCUAGGCCAGACUGGACUUGAGGGAGCAUACUCAAAGACAGUUAAGCACCUGAAAACUUGGAAUUUGAAGUGGAGCCGUAGAAUGCUACGUUGUCAUUUUCUGUGUGGUGGUGGCCCAGAGAAAGUAGUGGUAUCGCUAAUGACACAGGCACCUCCUAUGGAAUGCUUUAUAUAUUCAAAAGCAAUGUUGUUUUGAUUAAAAUGAGCAUUUAAAUGUAAUGCAAAAAA